UCUCGUAUUGGCAUCAGAGCAGAAUUUGAAACUGAAGAAACACCGGUGGACAAGAUCUGAAUCGCAGAAUCCAAAACCGACUUACCUCAGCAUGAACUAGCCAGACGAGCGUGUUUACUCUUCGUUCAGCUUAAUUCAGGGUUUAUUACCGAUAGUUUGUCAGUUGAACUACAGCUGAUGUUGUUCCCGUGAGAAGAGGAAGAGGGUGUCAGUUCUAACUUAGUGUCGUGAUUUUGUCCUGCGUGAAAGGAAGCGCUGUCUGUUGGUCGGUUUGUAUUUUGAACAAAAUGAGACGAAUCUCCAUGUACGUUCGUCUAAAUGAAGGAUAGAGUUUAAUCCAGGAGUUUUGCGGAAUCGUUUAGGGCUAACUUAAAUGAGCUAAUCUGCGCUAGCUAAAGGCUCUUAGCAUCAGUUGUCGUGUUCAAACUCAACUGAACUCACUUCAGUUAACGGUAAGUGAAUUCAUUUAUUGGCAACACUUUCUGGAUAACCGCGGCGCGAACUAAAGUCUCGUUCUGAAGGCGUUUCAACGUUUCAAGAGGCCGGUGGCAGUGUGUGUUUUUUUUCCUGGUGGUGACUCUGAACAUGAGCAGAGUGUUGUUGAAGUGAUAAAAGCAGUCUGCACUCUUCACUGGACACUCACUCGCUGGUGGUGAUGGCCCGGAGGAGACUGGACAGUCGCAGUGGAUCCUCGGUUCUGCUGUCAGAGAUCCACACUCACAUCCACACGGAUCCUCUGGACACCGUUUUUGACAUGAGCCACGAACUUGGCAGGGGGAAGUUUGCAGUGGUGAAGCGGUGUGUGGAAAAGGCCACAGGGAAAGUCUUUGCUGCGAAGUUCAUCAAGAAGCGGCGACGAGGUCGCGACUGCAGGGCGGAGGUCGUUCAUGAGAUUGCCGUUCUAGAGUCAGCGAAGAACAACCCUCGUGUGGUGAACCUGUAUGCUGUAUAUGAGACCGAUCACGACCUCGUUCUAAUGCUGGAAUAUGCGGCGGGUGGAGAGAUAUUUGAUCACUGUGUGUCAGAGGAGCUGCUUCCUGAAGGUCAGAUCACCCGUCUGAUCAGACAGAUGCUUGAGGGUGUUCAUCUACUCCACCAGAGCAGCGUGGUCCACCUGGACCUGAAGCCCCAGAAUAUUCUCUUGACCAAUCUGAGCCCACUGGGGGAUAUAAAGAUAGUGGAUUUUGGGUUGGCCCGCCGGUUAGGCUCUGCUGGGGAGCUCAGAGAGAUUCUGGGAACCCCUGAGUACGUAGCCCCUGAGAUCCUGAACUAUGAACCAAUCACCACAGCAACAGACCUCUGGAGUGUGGGUGUGAUCGCCUAUAUGCUGGUGACAGGAGAGUCUCCCUUCGCUGGCGAGGAUAAACAGGAGACCUUCCUAAACGUAUCCCAGGUGAACGUGGACUACAGCAUAGAGGCCUUUUCAAGGGUGUCUGAGCUGGCUGUAGACUUCAUCCAGAAACUGCUGGUCAAAGCACCAGAGGAUCGUCCCAGUGCAGCCGACUGCAUGACCCAUCCCUGGCUAUGGAUCCACUUUCCAGGUUCUGAUCCAAUCCCUGUGACCCCACGCACUCCCCGGGAAAGGAGUUUCGGGGGGAAGUGGUCCGCGCCACCCGAGGAUCCUGAAGACAAAGAGAACAUUCUGGACUCGCCACAUGCCAAGAGGUUUCGUUUUGAAGAGGACAUGUCAGCCACGGCCGACAGUGACCACUUAUGCUGAUCCUAAAGGGAAAUGCACUUGCACCGAAUAGCAUUAUCACAAUUUUGGUCCUUGAGUACAUUCCCCCACAAACAUGCUUCUUUUUCACCAUCCUUUGGUUGACCAAAGAUGAUCUUUUCACAAAAGGGCCAGAUCUGAUGUAAUAUUAAUACUAUAGUAGUGAGAAUCUAAAUAUCUAUGUUGCUGUCCUGUCUCAAGAUUUUUGUUUUUCUUGUCAUAUUUGGAUUUUAAAUUAUUAAUUUGAAUAUUUUUUUUAUUUGAAUCUCCA